GGCUCGGCCGCUGCCGGAAGGGGCGGGUCCUCGGUGCGCGCGCAGCGGGCGGGAGAUAGGAAAUAACAAUAACGCCCGCUAUACAGAGUCCCGAUCAGCCCUGAAGAUGCACCAUGGCUCGGCGGGCGCGCAGUGAAGAUCUUGAGGACUUGCAGUAUCUUGACACAGACUCUGAUGUUCCUGAACAGAGGGAAAACCGCGUCAAAGUGAAAUGGACUGCAGAAGAGGAUGAGAGUUUGAAGUCUUUGGUAAAGAAGUAUGGACAGUGUGACUGGAAACUUAUAGCCAGCAACUUGACUAACCGGACAGAACAGCAGUGUCAACACAGAUGGCUUCGUGUUCUCCAUCCCGACUUGGUCAAAGGCCCCUGGACAAAGGAGGAAGAUGAGAAGGUAAUUGAGCUGGUGAAGAAGUAUGGCACUAAACACUGGACCCUGAUUGCCAAGCAACUGAGGGGUAGAAUGGGCAAGCAGUGUCGUGAGCGCUGGCAUAACCACCUCAACCCAGAAGUUAAAAAGUCCUCAUGGACAGAGGAAGAGGAUCGAAUUAUUUGUCAGGCCCACAAGCUUCUUGGCAAUCGCUGGGCUGAAAUUGCCAAGCUCCUGCCUGGCAGGACAGACAAUGCAGUGAAGAAUCACUGGAAUUCAACCAUAAAACGUAAAGUAGAAACUGGACGAUUCUUGAAUGGGAUCAAAGAUGUCCAGGGGGAACAAGAAGAAAAGGAGGACUCUGGUUAUCAGGCUUCUGAAGACCAGCAACCUGAGCUGUAUGCUGGCACUCCAGAGGUGAAAACAGAUGCUACAGAAGUAGGCUUCAUCUCUGGCUCACCCACACUGGCCGUUAAAACAUCACAUGUAAAGGGUGAACAGCACAGCGAGGGUGAAGAUGCUCUCAGCACAGCUUCUAGCCCACCCUCUGCCCCUGCUUCUGUGGAUUCCUGUCCAGAGAAGUGGAUGGUAGAGUACAUCAACUUCCUUGCACCAAACACAGACAUGAUGGAACCUGACCCUGAUAGCUGGUGUGACUUGGCAACAUUUGAUCUUGGAGAAGACUCUCAAGUAGGUGACAUUGGCAGUCCUAUGCGCACUUCAACCACAUCUGAGAAGCCACAGCCAUCCAGUGUCACUGAAUACCGACUGGAUGGGCACACCCUCUCUGAUCUGAGUAAAGGCAGCAAGGGAGAGCUUAUUCCCAUCUCUCCUCGGCCCAGUGCUGGCUUUUCAACACCUCCUUCCCUGCUAAAACAUCACAGGAGGAGGAAGAUCACACUCUCCCCAGUCACAGAGUGUGGGAAUAAUAGCAACAUAUCUGCUACGGAAGGCAACAGCAUGACUCCUAAAAGCACACCUGUCAAAUGCUUGCCAUUCUCUCCAUCACAGUUCUUGAACUUUUUGUCAAAGCAAGAUGCUUUAGAGCUGGAGAAUCCUUCACUCACCUCCACUCCUGUGUGCAGCCAGAAGGUGGUGGUGACUACUCCACUCCACCGAGACAAAACUCCACUUGUGCAGAAGAAUUCAGCGUUCAUAACUCCCAAUCGAAAGUUUAUGGGUGAGAACACACCUCACACACCCACUCCAUUUAAGAAUGCUCUUGAGAAGUUUGGGACACUGAAGCCUCUGCCCCAGACCCCUCACCUGGAGGAAGACCUGAAAGAGGUCUUAAGCCGAGAGUCCGGAAUUGAGUUGGUAGUUGUAGAUGAUACAAAGUAUGACCGUCAGAAGAGGAAACCUGGGCACUCUCACAGCCCCAUUAAGAAAGUACGGAAGUCUCUUGCUUUGGAUAUUAUGGAUGAGACAAAGCCCAUGACCAUUUUAUCUAUGUCCACGCAAGCUCAGAACUGUGAGAGUUUUCUAUCCAUGUCAUUGAAUGACUCGUCUUGUAGCAGCAAAGAAGAAAAUAGCUUGCUUAAUCAAGGUUUUGUGCAAGUCAAGCCUGGCAAGGGAGCCAGUUCGCAGACUGAGGAUGUUUUGCAGGCACAGACUAACAUUGGGGAAUUGGUUGAAACCCAGGAGAAUGCUUUCCUUAAAACUGACAAGGCUGUGCUGCUGAGGAAGGAGCCUGACACACUUGUAAAUUCAGACCCUUGCCCACAUUUGGCAGUAGAUACAGACUCCAUUGUAAGGACAUCAGUGAAUACCAGUAAUAUUGUUCCUGCGCCGAAGACAGACUCUUCUGUUGUACUAAAAACUGAGAAAGCAAUACUAUUUCGCACCCAAAGGCAGAAAAUACCCGAGCUUAUGUCAAGUGCCUGGAAAACUAUAGCAUUUGGUGGCUCCAAGGACCAGCUGCACAUGCAGGAAAAAGCGAGGGAAAUAUUAAACUUGUACAAACACAACUCCACCUCACAAACCCUCAUUCAUUCCUGAUAUUGAUUUUGUUUUGUUUUUUUAUUUAAUGGGUGGAAAAUCCAGCCCCACUCCUCCCUGAAGUACCAUCUGGUCAGCACAGUGAUCACUAUUACUCAUUCUAUAGCCAUGAACAAACCAUGGAUGUAUACAAGGGGCAGCAGCAAUCUGUCCAGCAUGUUGCUCUUUCUAAAGGACUUCACAUUGUGGAUGGAUGCCCAGCGCUGGCUGACUUUAUUUUUUAAACAGCCUCGUGUCAGUGCUGCUCUUUAUAUAACCUAUUAUGACAAGAGGAAGGGUGUCAGCCAUUCUGGAGAGGAGUGUGAAACACAUCAAUUUGUGGCUGAAAGAUGGGCACUGUUGACACGUAAAGAUCCAUAUUGAUCGUGUUUUAUAUUUUUGAAAUAAUGUCUGAUGGAACUGUGGCUACUUGAAUCAGCCAGAAUGCUGUGCGCUCCUCCAGCCAGCAUGGACAAACCAGCAUAAUGCAUUAAACUGGUGUUCUCCCUAUCGAAUACCACAUGACCUUUUUACAAUUCCAUUUAAUGAUGUACUGAAAACAUUGGAUUGUACAAUUUACUUGUCAUUUUUUUUUUUUUUGGUCUAGUUCCCUUUAAAUAUUUAUAUCAUUUUUGUUGCUGAACUGCAUAAUAGUUUGUGAAAGAGUUGGCUAGUUUAUGGCUCUUAAAUGUGCCAAUGACCUCUGUGUUUAAGGCUUGUCACUGCCAUGCCCUGUUAAAUAGGACACUAUCAACCCAUUCUUCCAAAACCAAAUCACAUUGGCUGCAAAAUAUGAAUUACAUUAUACAAAUGU